AUGGGUUGCGUGGAUUCAAAACUUUCAUGCUCAAGCGUAGAAAGGUCUAUAAUGAACGCUGAAGCAGAAUUAGGCUAUGAGAAGAAGAACUGCUGAUAUAUUGACUUUAUUCACAGAAAAUACUCAAUUGGAGGCUGGGUGAAUCAUGAACAGUGAAGAGAUAUCUCAUGCUCCCUUUUAAUUCAAACAAAAAACACCUCAUCUAAUACAAAAAUUGAAAGAUUUUUUAGCAGCAUUGCAAAUUUCAAUGGAAAACUUCCUCUCAAAUCUUUGCUUAUUAUUGGCUUUCUCCUCGGUGAAGGGACAUAUCAGGAAAAAUCUCACUCCCCCCCCUUUAAAUUGGAACAAAAUAUAGGUAAAAUUUUCACUUUUUUGCUAAAUUAACCCCCCUUUAAAUUGGAACAAAAUUUAAAUUUUAUAAAUAAAAAAUUUUAUAUAUAUAAAUCAUAUUUUUAUGUAAAAAGUUUUGAUAUAAUUUAAAUGUUUCUUCUUAACUAAAAUUAAAAAUUUAGUUGUAUCCUACUCUUGUUUAUAGAAUAGAGUAUAAAGAGCAUCUUAUUUAAAUAAAUUUAUUAUCCUUAAUUGUAAAUUUUUAAAAAAAUUUAAUUUUUUUUGUUUUUAAAAAAUUUUCAAAAAGCAUUUUAUUUUUUUUAAUAAAAAAUGAUAUUUUUUAUUUAAAUAGCUUUGAUAUAAAUUCAAUGCGAAUUCUUUACAAAAAUUCAAAAUUUACUUAUCUCUUGCUUUAUUUUAAAGAAUAGAGUAUAAAUAACAUCUUAUUUAAACAAAAUUAGCACUUUAAUUAAUAAUUUUUCUAAAAUUUUUAUUUUUUAUUUUUUUUUUAUCAAUAAAAAUAUAUAAUUUUUGUGUAAAUAGUUUUGAUGCCAAUUAAUAGUGCGUAUUAAUUAAUAAUAAAUUUUAGUUAUAUCUUGCUUUGUUUUAAAGGAUAAAGAGUAAAUAGCAUUUAUUAAACAAAUUUAUUAAUCUAAUUCGAUAAAUUUUUGAAAUUUUUUUUUUUUUUUAAAUUUUAUAUAAAUUUUUUUUUUUAUAAAAAAUUUUAUAAUGAUUUUUUUUUAAAAAAAAUUUUCUUAACCCCCCUUUAAAUUGGAACAAAAUUUUUAGUUUCCAAUUAAAGGGGGGGGGAGUCAGCUUUUUUUCGAUAUUUAUGACACAAAUAACUCAAAAAUUAUUUUUAAAUCAGAUAUUCAUGCACUAGUUGAAGAAAUGCUCGAUAUAGCAAUUAAUAAAAUUCCUAUCCUUGCAUGUAAGCCCCAAGCUUCAAAUGAAGAAGACUUCCAAAAAUACUUGCAAGAACUACAUCAAUUUAAAGAGGCUGCUCAAGAAUUAAUUGUAAGGAAAUUCAUUGGAGCUGACAAUUCAGAACAUUCAAUUACCCUAUCAGAAUUUCAAGCAAAUUUUCAAGAUAUUUCGACUGCUGAGUUGCUAAGUUCUCAUGGAUUAAGAUCAUUUGUGUAUAGCCAGAAAUCUGCCUUGAAGUCAACAAAUUUUAAACAAAAAAAGAAAAAAUCAAAUUUUUUAUCGUCUGAAGAAAGUGAAAAUGCAGAAAUAAUUAAUGAAGAAACCGUUGAAAAAACAGAGCAAGAAAGCAAUGGCACUACAAUAGAAACUGACCGAAUUAUUUUUGUAAAAAAUUUUACAAAUCAAAUAGUCACCCUGAGCUUAAAAUGUAAAACAAAAUCCUCAAUGUCCUCGAUAGAUUUUUUCAGUGAAUUAAAAUUAUAUGGGUCUAUAUGCAUUCCAAAUCAAAGGGUAUUUUUUUAUGGUGGAAUCUUGCCUGGAAAUAAGACUUCAGCUGAUGCAUUUAUAGUUGAUAAAAUGGGCUAUCUGACAAAACUGGUAUCAUAUCAGCCUACUUGUAAAAUUGAUUUGGCUCAUUUAAAUAAUAGUGUCUAUGCUUUUGGGGGAGACCCACAUAUUUCUUGUAGGUAUAAUUUAUCAAUGAAUAGGUGAGAAAAUUGCUCAGAAUUGCCAAUUGGGAAUUUUGCUAACUCGAAUCUCCUAGCUUUUAAGGAUAAUAUUAUGCUAACUAGCAAAUUCAGUGAUAGGUUGUUUUAUUUUGAUACAAAUCAAGGCUCUUUCUAUGAAAUUGUGGGUUUGAAAUUGAAUGAAAAUGCAUUAAAAUUAAUGUUUUCAGUAAAAAAUAGAGUUUAUAUUGCAGAAUUGUCAGGGAAUGUAUAUGAAAGUGAAAUUAAUGGGUUCUUAGCAUGAAAGAAUAUUGGGAGGAUGAAAAAAUACGAUUUUGAUUGUGAAAUCGGCUCUUAUAUGGCCAUCUAUCGGAAUAAUUUAUUUUUCAUUAAUAAAAUCACAGGCAAAAAUGAACUGAUGGAAUUCAAAUUGCAAGAAAAGAUUUUGAGAAAGAUCCGCACACGAUAG